CGGGUUCACAUUCUGCUUGCACAAGCCCCAGAUCUAGCCAGAGGCAGAGCCCGGGCCCAGGCAACGAACGAGUAUGGGCGUCUGAAACUUUGUAAAAGGCCGGGGCCGCACCUUCGGGCAUGGGAGUUGCUGUCAGCAUUGGGGAUCGCAAUGUUGCCAGCUUUAUUUGCAGUACUUACCAAGUUACGAACAGGAUCUGUGGCAAGCUCAGACUUUCUGAAACCCAAGUCUUUCUGCACUAGCGGAAGAGGGCAUCACACAGCUGAAGAUUGAUUGAUUGUUUUCAUCUGUCAAGUUUCUUGAGGACUUCAGCGGAAUAGUCUCAAUGGCAUCGGCGGGAUUGGUGAAGGGAAGGCUUCCUUGUACAAGAGACACUGUGUGCAGCCUGAGGGCACAUAUCCCCAAGAGGGGGAAUGCAAGUGCGAUCCUUUGCAGUGGUCGGAGGCAGACCCCCAGUCCCUGCCAGAUCAUAAAACAGGUCUUGCCAUCAUCCUUCCUGCACGCCCGCUCGCAACCAUUCCUCCCACCGCGGCCAAACCUGCCCUGCCUACAACAGGCCCCCUCCCAGCAACGCCUGCUGAAUCACACCCCCCGGACACGUCAGAUCAGAGCUCAUGCGCCUGCGGGUGCAGCCGCAAGACCGGUCGCCCCAAUUGACGCGGCAAAAGGAACGAUUGAGGGUUUCAAUGCGUGGCUUCAAAAGUCGCACUCGACUGAACUCACAAGAUGGCUAGAGGCGCGCGGCAUCGUCCUGCCCGACUUCUUCGCGUGGCUCCCUCAGCCGCUGCACAACAGACUACAUCACAUCGAGGACGAGCUCGGCAUCUUCACGCAGGAGAUAAUCCUCGCGCUCCUAGUUCUCCUCUUCAUCCGGGAGCUCAAAAACGUGCUGUACUUUUUCCACGACAAGUGGUACAACGUGCUGCACAAGAAGCAGACGGACGUGUACAUGACGCACAAGAGGAAAACGUUCGAGCACACCGUGUUCGGCGCGCUCGAGGGCCCUCUCAGCGCCGCGACGUUCCUGCUCUGGGCGUCCCACGUAUACACCGUCAUUGCCCCUCUUCUCCACAUCAAGUUCUCGACCAAGGCGAUCGCAGUCUACCGUGAGGUCAGCAUCAUCGGGGUGCUGACGUGGUUCGCCCUCAACUGGAAGAACAACAUCAUCGGCGAACUCAAAGCGCGCUCCUCCGAACAGAGCACGAAGGCCCAGCUCGGCGCGCUGGACAAGCUGGCCACGAUCUUGAUCGUUAGUUUCGGGAUCAUGGUAACCGGCGAAAUUGCGGGAUAUGCUUUCAAGUCAAUCCUGGCCCUCGGGGGAGUGUCGGGUAUCGCAAUCAGUCUGGCCGCGCGCGACGUGGUAAGUAACAUGUUCGGGGGUACGAUGCUGUACCUCACGCGGCCGUUUGCGCAAGGCGACACCAUCAAGGCGGGCAACGUAAACGGCCAGGUGGUGGAUAUUGGCUUCUACUCGACCAAGGUCAUGACCCCAGACAAGCAGCCCACGUACGUGCCCAACGCCUACUUCACAAAUCAGGUAAUCACAAAUUACUCCCGGGCCACAAACCGGGUGCUCAACGCUGUGUUCACACUGCGGCACCAGGACCUGGUUAAGGUUGACCACAUCGUUGACCAGAUUCGGGACCUGCUGAGCUCCCACCAGUCGAUCGACCUCCAGUCGUCGGUUAACGUCAACCUGGUUAACGUAACCCCGUACAACCUGGAGAUCCAAAUCAACGCUGUGACCAGGCCGAACAUUGGCGGCGGCGAAUUCAACAGAGCCAAGCACGACAUAUUCAUCCGGAUUGCCCAAAUCAUCGACCAGGCGGGAGCGAGGCUUAGCCCAUACCCGGAUCAACCUUACCCGCCGAUCCCUAUCCCCGCAAAAUAGAAAGCUGUGCUGACCCAUAAGCUUGUGUUGUUGAUAUAACAGAUGGGCUGCUAUCAGUCUUAAUCGUGCUUGCUUAGAGUACAUACUAUUUGAUGGCUUGGAAAGGGCUGACUGGCAAGAAGCUGCCACUCUGACGCUUUGCUUUUGGUGUACAUAGGGUGUCAGUCCUGAUGAAACGGGCACUAGGCCGGACAAUGGCAGCGCAAACCUUGAUGUCGGUAACUCUCAGGUCUAAUUGGCCGAAAUGUCCAGACGUGGAUACUUGUGGGUAUAUUCGAGGUGGAUCCGCCCCCUUUUGGGUGAUCUCUAGGUUAUCUUUCCGUCAUCAACC